AUGUACUCCGUACGCCUGAUGCUGCCUCUCGGCUUCCAGUGGUGUGGGCCUGGACGGGCGUUCCGCACGAGAAGGUUGGAGACGGCAUGUCAGCUAACCAUGUCAGUCCCUUAUUACAUUACCACUUUGGAGAACGGCGGCGUGAACAAUUCCUUUCUUGUCCUGACCGCCUGUGGCGACACUGGGUUAUUUGGGAUUUUGGGUCUGCUCAAGGAUCUCCUGGCUCCGCUGCCGAAGGCUCCAAGGGGGCUGGGGUGGAAAGGACGGAAUGAGGGCCUAGAGCUCCGCGAGACUCGGGUGUCAGGCUGGAAGGAAUGGACAGGCAGAAGGGUAAUGUAUGCACGGCUCACCUGUAUGAUGUAUAUCGGUGUCCAGCAGUUUGUCGUAGAGACGUGCCCGACCUACCAUACCUUUUGCUUGUCUUGUGGAAUCUUGGCUAGGCGCCAGGGGAAGGGCGAUGCGGUGACCCUGGAUUCGGUGUCACAGACUCGCAGGUUCCACCACGAAGCCACAACGGAGAAGAGAUCGUGUCGUAAAUUAGAUCCGGACAGCGCUAAGAGCCUUGGACUGACGCCGGUGGCUCGUUCUGCUGAUGGCGGCCGGAAGCACGGAGGCACAGAGUUUUCUGAGAGGCCAGGUUAUCGAGAUCCGCUUCCCAGAGCCCUGGUCGACGACUUCGGCCACAGUCCAGGAUCCACCUUUCACUAUCCACACUCCACAGUCCGUGUGCCACGCUCUGCGCGCGGAUUCUUCCCUGGGGCGUUCCAAAACAUGGGGCGCUCUGCAGCUCACGGCCGUGCAUAG